AUGAAUGGACCAACAUCUGGGCCAGUAGGAAAUGUAAACAAUUUUCCUCCUAAAUCUAGUUCUUUUAGUCCAACUCCAUCAAAAAACCUGCCUCCUACAAGUUCUAACUAUGGACCAGGACCAAUAAAUCCGGCAUUUGGAGGUAAUCAACGGCUACCACCAACAUCUGUACCACCAAAUUUUAAUCAGCCAAAUUUUCCACUAAGCGGACAUCCACACAGUGAUCUUAGAAACAGUCCACUAACAACUGGACCUCCUGGUAUCAUACCAAUGUCAGGUGCACCUAAUAUUCCCAGGCCACCUGUGUCUGGUCCUCCGGUAGCUCCAUCAAGAAAUAAUGCAAUAAAUGGGCCCACUAUGUUGGGACCACCAACAUCAAUGCAUGUGCAAACGAGAGCACCAACAUCAGUACAUGGUCAGAUGUUGCCUUCAACGUCAGCACAUGCUCAAAUGGGCCCUCCAACAUCAGCACAUGGCCAGAUGGGUCCAUCAACAUCAAUACCUGGCCAAAUGGGUCCACCAACAUCAAUUCCCGGUCAAAUGGGUCCACCAACAUCAAUAUCUGGUCAAAUGGGUCCACCAACAUCAAUACCCAGUCAAAUGGGUCCACCAACAUCAACACGUAACCCGAUGGGGCCACUAAUGUCAACACAUAACCAAAUGGGUAUUACAUCAGAACAUGGUCAGAUGGGACCUCCAAAAGGAUUACCUAGUGGACCGUCAUCUUUGCCAGCUAACCUUAAUCCCAGACCGCCUAUUACAAACCAGCUACACAAUCAAAUAAAUAAUGGACCUACAGAACAACAAGGUUAUAUUUCUAGUCCACCAAACAUGUCAGCUGGGAAACCAGGCUUACAAAGUGGGCCAAUGUUAGGUCAUGCCCCUGGGUCUGCAAGUGUCCUCAACAACAAAUGCAAGUAA